GUUAUUGUUCCGGUGGUUGGUGUCGUUGGCCUUGGUCUGUUCACCAGGGGAUUCCUGAUGCUUGCUAACUGUGUGGAGAUUGGUCUGCUACUGCUUGUCAUUUGCCAGUAUUUGAAGCACCUCCAUUCGAGGGCCCAUGCAUUACUGGAGAGAUUCACUUGCUUUCUGCCUUGGAAUUGUUUGGGCUUUUGCUGCUACCCUUUAGGGCUGACAAACGGU